AUUCUCUCACCAAACUCCAAUCAAUCAAUCCCUGCACAACAAAGACAAACAACAAAAGAGUAUUUCCCCUCACAUUUUCCGUCACUUUCUCGAGAAAAAGAAAAAAAAUGUCGAACGGAUUCGCAAAAUGCAGCAAGAUCCGCCACAUUGUGAGGCUUCGGCAGAUGCUGCGGCGGUGGCGCAACAAGGCCCGGGAGUCGGCGAACCGCAUACCGUCGGAUGUGCCGGCAGGACACGUGGCGGUGUGCGUGGGGAGCAGCUGCAGGAGAUUUGUGGUGCGGGCGACGUACCUUAACCAUCCCGUCUUCAAGAAGCUUCUGGUACAAGCGGAGGAGGAGUACGGAUUCGGAAACAGCCACGGGCCAUUGGUGAUCCCCUGCGACGAGUCUCUCUUCGAGGAGGUGCUCCGCUACAUCUCACGAUCCGAUUCCGGAAACUCCUCGUCUCGAUUCCUGAAUCUCGAGGACUUCCAACGGUACUGCCACGUCGGCGUCAGGAGGAGUAACCUUGAUUUCUGGGCUGACUCUCGACCGUUGCUUCAUGGCUUGUCCGACAAAACCAUUUGGUAAAUUAAACCGCAUUUUGUUAUUAUUAUAAUGUUCCGAAAAUAAAAAAUUAAAAGAAGUGGAGCUUUCAUUCUGACCCGGCGUGACUCAGUCCGAGUUAACUCGCUCAAGAGAAUCUCUCUCCCCCUCCAAUGGUGUUCCCUCUUUUGCCGUGAAACGGCAAGGUCGAUGGGUUUUUUUUUUUAUUUUAUUGUAUUUUUUUGGGGGUUAUAUAAUUGUUGGGUGUUGGAAAGUACUGAGUUACUGAGCCGAGUUGAUCAGCCAGUGUAUAAAGUUAUGAAGCUCCGAAGAAAGACUGCAAUGGAGAUGGCAAAUGGGUGGGGGAGUUUGUCCACCGAGUCGUCCCGGGUUCGAAUCGGAGUGGAGACGAAUUUAUAUCAUUUUUAGCUCUGGAAAUUUGAAAGCAGAGGUAAUUGGAAACCAAGAACACAGCGGAAGAAGAAGAACAAUAAUAAUUGAUGAUGACCAAUAUUGGGUCUUUUCUUUUCAAUUUUUUGUAAAUUGUGAUUUAUUGAUUAAUUAAUGGAAAAUUGUAGAGAAAUUCCACCAUGAUCA